AUGUUUGUUUGGAAGCCUUUUGUACUCUUGGUUGCUGUGUGCUGUACUGUAGAUGCAGUGCCUAUUGUUUUCAAAGAAUCUACUCCUAAUGGAGAAGCAAUUGUUUCAAUAUCAUCAUCCGAUCCAAACGUUGAGAAGUAUCUAAGUCAACAGUUUUCAACACGAUCAGGAUUUACUCAAGUUGACACACAAGACAACUAUCCCAAUAUCCCUGGUACAGUCCAUUCUAGCUUCAGUAUAGCAGUACCUGGGAAGGCUAUUGCAGGGAACGGUAGAAGUUUUGCUUCUGCAUCAAGUGGUCCAUUUUUACCAAUAUUCGCAUUCCCAAUAAACCCGUUCAGUUCUAACGGAUUUCCUGAAUUUAAAAAUUGGGUAAGAAAUUAUGAAGGCUACUAUGAUCCUAAUUUUGCUGGUAAUGGGCAGGUCCAUGCAGCCGCGGCAGUCAAUGAUAAUGGUCAUGUGUAUGGUAAAGUGAAUACAGUGGCAUUUGAUAACAAGGCCAAGAACCCGACAGUCUAUAGUAAGAAUGUUGAAAAUUAA